AUGGCUGAAUAUUCGUUGAACGAGACGAUAAAGGGGUACAUGAGUGGCUGGCUCGAGCGGUUUGGAAAGUCGGUAGCGGCACAGUCUUCGUCGCAGUGCAUUCGCGACGUAAUUAACGACGACGCCUUUUGGGAAGACGAGUUGGGGAGCAGUGCGUUGCGAAACGUUAAGGAGCUUUCAACCGCGGCCUCAGCGACCGAAGCGGACCUCGUGCUGGCCGUGACAGUGGGCACCUGGAACCGUUAUCCAGCCUUCCCGGGUACGGCGGUAACAACGCUGGAGAAUGUGUACCCCACCGGCGUUUGUCUCAACCUGGCACAACUCUUGCUGGUGCAGCUCAUUACACUCAUUGACCUCAACAUACAUGAACUGCUCGGCACAAGUGAACAGGUCACGAAUGAACAGUGCAUGGUGGACAAACGAGCAGAUGGCAAACAAGUAGCUGGCAAACAAGUAGCUGGCAAACAGGUGGGAGAACAAAUUGGCGAGCAGGCGGCUUCGCUAUACCAACGCGUGCUGUCCAGUGCCGAGCAUCGGAACCUGCUGCGAUGCGCGGUCUUUACGAAGUUGGGCUUAGACCCGGAGCCGAGUCUGCUGCGAGGACGGGUAGUGCUACUGCCACCGGAGAUCGACAUUUGGCGAAAGUUGAGUGAGGCGUUAGGUUCAGGGUUGGAGGGUGCGACCGGUGGACAUUUUCUGUGGACCGAGACGCGACAUCUGUUGAUGGAGCAGGUUGUGCCGGUGGUACGCGUGCUCGGUGUCGCGGAGCGGCAACGGCGGUUGCGACGUUGGUGCCUUCGUGCCCGCGAAAGCUUCACUGGUUUCGAAGGGGAACCCAUCUACAUCGUGCGUGACCCACCCGGACCUGAGUGGGAUGGUCGUGAACCGAACCGCUUUGGACCGGAAGGUCCCGGGCUCAAAGUGAACCUGACGCACUAUUGCUCUACGCAACAACUGCGCCAUCGUCAAGACCAGUACGGAGAGGUCGCCCAAAUCCUCGACAAAGGCGACGGACUGCUCUGGACCAGUUGCGAGCCACUGGUCGCCAAAGUUGUCACCCUGAUUGUGGACACUGUUAGCGCCGCCCUCCUCAACCACGCUGAAACGGGCCACGGACAUACGGCAGAACCCCUCACGCCUCUGGAAAUGGACUUGCUGGUGACUCUCAGGACGGAAGUAGGCCUGGAAGAACCGCGAACGACCGCGGGCCCCACUGGUUGGAAUAAUAAUAUGUACUGCAGCCAGCUUGGUCUGAAGCCAAUUGACGUCGAAUUGUCCGAACAACUGGAAAAUGUGAUGAAUGAAGGCACGCAGCGCUUUUUAUCGGAGGAGUUUCAACUCACGGAAGAAUUGCUCCGCAAGUAUCCAGAAGGUCACUUCUGGCAGCGUCGAUAA